CGAGAGAUUAAGAUAUGGUUGAAACUUGACCACGAGAACAUCGUUCCUCUCUGGGGAGUUGCAGAUGGCUUUGGUUGCCUCCCAGCACUUGUUUCGCCAUGGUUAGCUGACUGGAUACCUUCAGCGGGAGCACGAAAGGCUUUCUUACAACAAAAAGUUUGCACUGUCAACUCACAGAUUGAGGCAGUGCAUUCCCGAUCAAUUACCCAUGGUGACUUGAGCGGCAAUAACGUUCUCGACGUCAUUGAUAAAGAUGGAAAAGCAAGCCUCACCGAUCCCGGUCUCUCUGCUCUCGUUCCUGAGAGAAGAAGUCAAGCAUUAGUGCCAACCAAUUGCGAAGGACCCGCGCCCUACAUGGCGCCAGAAUGA